UGUAGCUUGAAGUUUGAACUUUCAAGUUUCACAAGCAUUUAGCAAAGCAGAAAGUUUUAUCUCAAAUUAUAACGCUAUAAGUUUUUUACAAAUUUGCUUUAGUUUUUUGGAAAUAGUGAAAGUGUCGAAUUUAUGGGACCACUUUUGAAUAUGGUUCGUUUGCUAUGAACCAAGUAAACAUAAAUGACGCUUCAGACUGUGUACAAACAAUUGUGAAAAACUGUCGAUGUGUCAUUUGUGACCAGUUACAUGGGAAAAGGUUCAGAUAUGCAUGUGGACAUUCAUCAUGUGAAAGUUGUUUAUUAGAUUAUGAAUUUUGUAUGUUAUGUUUGACACCAUCUCCAGAAAAGCCUGUUUUAGACUCACCACAAACUGAAAGAGUAAGGCAUGCUUCAGAACUAUUUGAUACAUUUCAGGAUGUAUUUAAAAUAGAUGUAUACAAAAGACAAAGAAUAUCUGAUCAACUGAAAAAAGAGAAGGAUAUAUUUCCUGAAUGCAUUCAAGCUCCAAUAAAAUACUUUAAUAAAAGAAAAAGCUCUGUGAAGGACAAGGAAAACCUAUCUUACAUACCAGGUGAAGGUGUUGGAAAUAUGGAAAAACACAAAGCUGAAAAGUCUAUUAAUUAUGUACAGAAAUGGCUCUGUAAAAAUGAGAAAAACUUCCAAAAAAAUAAAUCACCCCGAAAACCAUUUUCAGAUUUGAAUAUUAAUGAACAUGUAAUGUGUACAUCUACUCCAAAAUCAGUAGUAGCAAGAAAAAGAUCAUUUUUUGACAGUGCAUUUUGUGAUGAUUUUGAUACGGAUGUGGUAUCUAAAAAGUCUAAAAAGGAUAAGAAAACCCCAACUAACAGUGACAGCUUAUUAUCAAAACAAUUGAGUCUAGCUGAAUCUAAAAAAAAGAAAUGUGCAACAGAUGAUGAAAUAAUAGUAAUUAAAGAUUCACCAAAAGAAAUAAUUGAUAAGGACAGACUUGCAUUAUUAGCUGUUAUUGAGGCUGAAAAACAUGAAAAUAAUACUAAAGAUGGCAAUAAAAAUAUAAGUGGGCACAUAAAACGAAAUGUUAACUUGAAGAACAAGUGCUGUGUUGAACCUAUCUCAACAAAUUUUAAAGUUCCUUUCUACAAAAAGAGUUUGAUUGUUGAUACAUGUUGCUUGUGUAGGAAAAGUACAGUACAAAAUGUUAAUGUAACGAAAGCAUUCAAUGAUGUCCAUGUUACUAUAAAUAAUAAUAGUUUUCUCACUACUAUAAAAGUUUCUGAGUACAAAGCACCUACAAGUAAACAAAUUGGUGCCAAAAAAGAUGUAAGUGUACAAAUGGAUACACACACUUCUAAAAGUAACAAUAUACCACUUGGAGAAAAUGAGGCUACUACAAAGAACUCUCCGAGCCAAGAUUUAUUUAAAGAUGACAUAAACAUUUUUAGUACUCAUAAUGAAAGGAAAGGGAUACUAGAAAUUGAUGAAGUAAAAAUAUCAAAACAAAAUAUAGUAAUUAGUGAUUCAGAUACAGAUAGUUAUAAGAAUGAUGGAAAUCAUGUCAUUGAGGUUACAGCUGACAUUCACAGAUCUUGUGAAUUAGAAGAUGACUACUAUACUUUAAAACCAUUACAACCACAGGAAUAUAAAAGCAGAUUAAGACCACCUGUGAGGGGCAAAACGCCGGCAAGUUCUGAUUCUUCUGAUAAGGAAAAUUAUGAUCCAAAUAAAAAGAGGCCCAAAUUUAACAAAAAGAAAAACAAACGAAAGAAACUCUAAAAAGAAAUAUCCCAGAUAUGAUAAGAUAGUUUUUAUUUGUUUAUUUUUCACCCGCCAGUGAAUGUUUUAAUGUAAAUUAUUUAUCUUAAGUAAUUAUUAAAAUAUUUUAUAUUUAUAUAUGAA